AUGGUUAUCAAAAUGCAUAAUGUAUUUCGUGGGCUGUUAUUUUUUAUCGCCAUCACCAGUGACAUGUGCCUGGAAACAUCUGAGGUGACUCCUCGUAGAAUUCUAGUGUUACCGGGAAUGAGUACAGGUAGUACGUAUUUAUACAUGAAAAGAAUCGGACAAUAUCUGCUCCGACGAGGCCACCAUGUAACCAUACUGAUCAAUACGGCCGUCAUGUCUCUGGAUUCGGUAGAAGAGUGCAGACACACGUUUACAAGCACCGAAACCUACGAAUACCGAGAUGAUUACGCGUUAAGCUCUGAUGAAAAGCCGUUAAUGGGGUACGAUACUUGGUGGAAAUGGUUAGAAAGAUGGCAAACCCGCGUACCGGAAUGUGAUCUGGUUCUCAGCCAGUCUGCCCUCCUGUCGAGGCUACAUCGUACAAAAUAUGACCUGGUCAUUGCAAACGUAUUUGUAGUAUGCCCUAUACUACUAGCACAACAGUUGAAUAUGUAUUUCGUGUUAGUGGGUAACAAUCGAAUAUCCCCGGUAAUCGAGGGAAGCAUGUGCAACGUUCCACUUAAUCCAUCAUAUGUACCAGCUAUGGGAUCAGCACUUACUAGCAAAAUGAACUUUGUACAGAGACUGACCAACACCAUCAACUAUGUACUGGCAUAUAUAUUUUUUAACUUUUUGAUGCUCCCACCUUACGCACAACUGAAAGAAAAAUAUCGCAUUCGACCCGAAAUAAGUAUGACAGAACUUUUUACUUCCGCUGAUCUCUUCUUUUUCAAUACGGAUUUCGCUUUUGACUACCCACAGCCGUUCAUGCCAAACGUUGUGUUCAUCGGUGGUGUAAUUGUGACACCUGUAAAGGACCUUGAUGAGGAAUUGGAAGAGUUUAUGCAGUCGUCCAAAGACCAUGGUGUUGUGAUAUUUUCCCUUGGAUCAUACCAUAAUCCUCGUCAUUUUUCAAAGUUAGGCAUGAUAGUGUCUGUAUUCGCCAGACUACCUCAGAAAGUCAUCAUGAAGUACAGCGGUCCUCCAAUUCCUACAUUGGGAAAUAACACUAAGCUCCUAGAAUGGAUGCCACAGAAUGAUUUACUUGGUCACCCCAAGACGCGGGCCUUUGUAAGCCAUUGUGGUUUGAAUGGUGUUCAUGAAGCCAUAUAUAAUGGCGUGCCUGUGGUAGGGAUACCGGUGGCGAUCAACGACCAAGUUGAUAAUAUUGCCUGGUUAGCCGACAAGGGGAUGGCCAUUGCGAUGGAUCUCAAGUCCAUGACUGAAGAUGGUCUGUAUGAUGCAAUCACAGAGAUAAUAAACAAUGAAAGGUACACAAAUAACGCCAAAAAACUAUCGCAUAUCUACAGGGAUUGGCCAUUGUCGCCAGGAGAUACGAUUGUAUAUUGGAUCGAACACGUGAUCAAACAUGGCGGAGAACACUUGCGGUCAGAGGGUGGACAUCUGAAUAUUGUUCAGUACUAUCUGAUCGACAUUUCAGCAUUUUUACUAUUCGUUGGAGUGAUAAUUGUUGUUGUCAUGAACAAAAUUAUUCAAAUACUAUGCAAUGAAAUUUGUAAACUUGGCAAACAUAAAGAAAAAGUAUGA